UAGUGAUCUGCACUGAAAUGAGUUCGCAGUGAGGGACGAUCUUCGCCUUUCUGAACGUAAACUGGAAAGAUCAGCCGGUAUCAUACUGGCUGUGUGACGAUAAAGUAUCAUAGUUAGCCAUCUUGGCAUGUGUCUACCGUAUUGUGAUUACUAUGAAUCUUGUGCUAAGCUAGAACUAUAAUAGAUGACUAUUUUUUUGGAUUGACUCUUUUAACCAAACCAAACAGACAUGCCGGACUUCAAUUACAUAUUGUGCUUUGGAAAACUUCUAUUGCAUGUGAGAUUCUCCAACUGCUUAUCGUACUGGUCUUAAUUGGUGAUCUCAUACUUAGAUUUGCAAAUCCGUGAUCUGCUCCAUCUUGAGAUCUGCAGUCGGCGAGCAACGGUGAAUUAUAAAUACUACACGAGGAUGCUGCAUCCUAACUACCAAUUUAGAUAAGCUUUAUCAUGGUGGAGCUUGGAAGAAAGGUUGGUUAUCUUGAAAGAAUCUCGAUCUGCCGUAAUGUUGAAAGAUUAUUCACCAAUUUCAACGUAUGUGCCAAAUACGACAAAACCUUUACAGCUGCUCAAUUGAGCAAAGCAUUGAUGAAUGUGAUCCAUAAGCGUCCAGUCUUGGCUUGCAACUUCUUUAAAUUGACAGAAGAGGAUAAUGCUAUAACUGGAUAUACUGAUUGGGAGCUUCAAACUUUGAACAAAAUUCGAUUCGAUGAAGUUGUCACCUUUGAGCAUCGUGAAGCAUUCGAUGGAGAAUUCCUUAAUGAAAUUAAUAAAAUCAUAAUCCCAGUCAUGGUGCAAAAUCCUUUGUGGAGGAUAAGAGUUGUUGAGGUUCCAAAUGGAGAUCAAUACGUGUUUAUGUACUUCGAUCACAGCAUCUUCGAUGGCUUGUCUGGCAAAAGACUCCACCAAGAAAUUUGCCGAGAACUAUCCAAGACUGAGGGAGAUGAGAAGCAAAUUGAAUAUAUCUUUGACAGAGAAAGGGAUGCAGUGUUUUUACCAGAACGUCCAGAUGCCCCUUGUGAAGAUUUUGACUGUUAUAGACCAAGAAUAUGGGACAAACUCGCAUUUAUUAUUCCAAUACUUUUCCCUCGUGUCGUUAAAGCCUACGGAUAUGUGGCAUCCUUAUUCAAUAAAUGGGUACCAAAUCUUAAGAAAAACCCCAAAUUCAACACAAAACAGUUGGUUUACUCCACGGAUACAACUUCAGUGAUAUUCAAUAUCAAACCGGAACAGCUUCAACAAAUCCUUCUGUUCUGCAGGUCAAGAAAACUUACAUUGACCCCGUACGUGCAAACAAUCGUCAUGCAGUGCUUGGAGGAAGUAUUUUUUAGCAGGUAUGAUCCAGAGAAAGUGUUUAGUACUGAAUCAGCAAUUCCAAUUGAUGCGAGAAAGAACCUUCCUGCGGAGCCAUACCUUCUCGGAUGUUUGGCUUCGGUAUAUUCAGUUCACACUGCUCCCAUCAUGGGACGCACAUUGGAAGCCAUGCGAAACACACAGACUCGAUUGAACAAGCAUCUUGAAAACAAUGGGGUGGCAUCUCUCCGGGAAUUGGGAAUGAUCAGAUAUAUUGGAUAUGAGAAGUUCAAAAUGUUCAUUUCCAAACCAGUAAGAUACACCCUACAAGUGUCUAAUCUUGGCGUGGUGAAAGAAGAAAAAGAGGAUGCCUACAAUAUCUCCCAGUUGUACUUUGGCCAAAACCUAGGAAUGCGCUAUUAUUGGUCUUGUUGUAUCGGAACUACAGCCAAAGGAGGAAUGAACGUAGUUUUAUCGUAUCUCCCUCAAUUUAACGAUUUAUAUGAUGGGAAGAAACGGGUGAUGGACGUUUGUGUGGAACAAAUCAAAGAGAAAUUGGUUAGUUUUGCAAAUAGCGAAAUUAGUUAGGGAAAGAGUCAAUGUCGGGAUUACUGUAGCAAGCGUAAAAGUAGAUGCUGCAUGUGGCACUAAUUUUCGGUUGAAUCUGCCUCGUAUUUCCUAGACAUACCAUAACACAAACAUAAAGUAGGCCUUUCUCUCAGAAUGCUGACUUUGUGCUCCAGUCAACUAUUGCAUAGAGGCAAUUUUGUGUUAUUCAAGCCCGGCAUUUAGAAUGCUACUGGAAUGAAAUGGGACAAAAGAACACCUCCUAUGCAGACAAUUAUUACAGUGUUGCUGGAGUGUCUGGGAAUAGGGGUUGAACUGAUUUGAAAAAGUGCCAUACUGGCAAGAAUCUUACUUGCACAACCG